AUGUUCGCCAUUAGGACGGCAAGCAGACGCUAUGCCCUUUCAAAUAGAGCCCAACGGUCGCUUUUACAAGGAGUAAGAUUCAAAUCUGCAGUAGCCACCGCUCCAACCCCGGCUUCUGCUAAGAGACCAAGACCAGCUCCAAGCUUUAAUCAAUCUACAGACCCUGAACCUUUAAGUAGCAACCAAAAGCAAAUGAUGGAUGAUUCAUUCAUCGGACUAUCAGGAGGUGAAAUUUUCCACGAGAUGAUGCUGAGGCAUAAAGUGGACACUGUGUUUGGGUACCCAGGUGGAGCUAUCUUACCAGUCUACGAUGCCAUCUACAACUCGUCACAUUUUAAGUUCGUUUUGCCACGUCACGAGCAAGGAGCUGGUCAUAUGGCUGAAGGUUACGCCAGAGCCUCAGGUAAGCCUGGUGUUGUCUUGGUUACGUCUGGCCCUGGUGCUACUAAUGUUAUUACUCCAAUGGCUGAUGCCUUAGCUGAUGGUGUUCCACUUGUCGUAUUCUCAGGUCAGGUCGUAACAUCUGCUAUUGGUACUGAUGCGUUCCAAGAAGCUGAUGUUAUAGGAAUCUCAAGAUCCUGUACCAAGUGGAAUGUAAUGGUGAAAGACGUGGCCGAAUUGCCCAGACGUAUCAACGAAGCCUUUGAGAUUGCCACUUCCGGCCGUCCAGGGCCUGUUCUAGUUGACUUGCCAAAGGAUGUCACUGCAGCCAUUUUGAAAACACCUAUUCCAAUUUCAUCCACUUUACCAAACAAAACUCUUAGUCGUCUGACAGAGGAGGUUGCCUCCGAGUUCACCAUGAAAAACAUUAAAGAAGCUGCUCACUUGCUCAACAUUGCAAAGAAACCUAUUUUGUACGUUGGUGCUGGUAUCUUGAACGACGAGAAUGGCCCUGGUCUUCUGAGAGAACUCGCUGACAAGGCACAAAUCCCAGUCACCACAACUAUACAAGCACUGGGUGCUUUCGACCAAAGAGAUCACAAAUCUGUUGAUAUGCUUGGUAUGCAUGGAUCAGCUGUUGCUAACCUCGCAAUGCAAAACGCUGACUUGAUCAUUGCUCUUGGAGCUCGUUUUGAUGACAGAGUCACAGGCACUAUCUCUAAGUUCGCUCCUCAGGCCAGAUUAGCUGCUGUUCAACACAGAGGAGGUAUCGUCCACUUUGAAAUCUCUCCAAAGAACAUCAACAAGGUUGUUGAUGCCACUGUAGCUGUUGAGGGAGACGUCACCAAGAACUUGAAUAACUUCAUUCCAUUGGUUGAAACCGUCAGCGAAAGACCUGAAUGGUUCAAGCAAAUUGACGAAUGGAAGGAACAGUAUCCCUAUGCCUACCAACUCGAGACUCCAGGCUCUGCUAUUAAGCCCCAAACGCUGAUUGCUGAAAUAUCGAAACAAUGUCAGAAACAGGACAAGGAGGUUAUUGUGACGACUGGUGUUGGUCAGCAUCAAAUGUGGGCUGCUCAGCACUGGACUUGGACCCAACCAAGAACUAUGAUCACUUCAGGUGGUCUAGGAACCAUGGGUUUCGGACUUCCAGCUGCUAUUGGAGCCCAAAUUGCCAAGCCAGACGCCAUGGUUAUUGACAUUGACGGUGACGCAUCCUUCAAUAUGACUUUGAUGGAGAUGUCCUCCGCUGUUCAAGCGGACGCUCCAGUUAAGGUUGUUGUUUUGAACAAUGAAGAACAGGGAAUGGUCACCCAAUGGCAAUCCCUGUUUUACGAGCACAGAUAUUCUCAUACACACCAAACGAAUCCAGACUUCAUGAAGUUGGCAGAGGCUAUGGGAUUCAAAGGUAUACGUGUCAAGAAACAGGAAGACUUAGUUGGAAAGGUUACUGAGUUCUUAGAAGCUUCUGAACCUGUCCUUAUGGAAGUAUUUGUGGAGAAGAAGGUUCCAGUCCUUCCUAUGGUUCCAGGAGGAAAAGCUCUAGAUGAAUUUAUCUACUGGGAUCCAGAAGUAGAGAAGGAGCAAACCGAGCUGCGUAGAAAGCGUACCAAUGGUAAGCACUAA